UCGCCACCGAGCCGGCCGCGUCACAAACACUCUCACACUGGCGCUCCCUCCUUUCACACACUCUUACUCCGAUGCACAAGCUUCUUUUCCUCACUCUGCCGCUCGCUCGCUCGCUAACUCGCUCCCCCGCUCGCUCGCUCGCUCGCAGUCAUCAUCCUCCAGCCGCACGGACACACUCCGCUCCACCACAGCUCCCGUGAAUUCUCCAGCUAUUCAGAAGCUGCUGUCUCGGCGCUGCGUUCCCGCGUGGGCUCAAAGUAUACACAGAGAGCAGGAUAAUGAAAGCAAGGCACCACGGAGGGAGGCAGGGUGAGCCAGGGAAUUAAAAGAGGAGCCAAAGACUCUGCUCUGGUGAAGGUGGGAGGACAGUUUGAUUCAGUGAACAUUUGGAUUAAAGUGGCUGCGUCUCGGCUCUGAAGUGUCCCGCUGAAGAGUGACUCGUUACUGGGGGAAGGGGCGAGCCAUAAAGUGAAUUAGCGGCUUCCACACAUGCAGACGAUCGCUCAUCAGGAUCCAGCAGCAGAACCUCACCUGCACCCCAAAGAUUUCCUGUCACACAGGUGAUGAGCUCCAUGAAUCUCUGAGUGGAUCCUGACAGAGCCAGGCGUGCCGCUUCGGGGUUUGCCACGCUCUCCGCCGCCCUCCUCCUCCCAGACCGACCGUUCCCCGGAACCGCCCACCAGUCGUUUCAGCGUGGCUCAGCUCUCAUCACUGGACUUUAAUUCGGGGGACCUGAAUCUCAGAGAUUGCCAAUGCUAACAAGGAACUGCCUGCUGCUGUUCCUGUCGAUUCUUGUUGACGAAGGCUCGGCCUCUCUUUCGCGACCACCUUCACCAUCACUGGGACGGAGCAGGUCGGGGCGGGAGCACGCCAGGAGCUUGGUGGGCCCGAAGAGGAAUGGGGCAGCUGGGUUUCAGCGGGUCAAGAGGGGCUGGGUGUGGAACCAGUUCUUUGUGCUUGAAGAGUACAUGGGGUCGGACCCACAGUAUGUGGGCAAGCUGCACACUGACCUCGAUAAGGGGGACAGUGUGGUGAAGUACACUCUCUCGGGGGAAGGGGCCGGCUCCAUUUUUACAAUUGACCAAACCACGGGGGACAUCCAUGCCUUAAGGAGUCUUGACAGGGAGGAGAAGCCUUACUACACCCUGCGCGCCCAGGCCGUCGACAUCAUCACCAAUCGGCCCCUGGAGCCCGAAUCUGAAUUUGUCAUCAAGGUUCAAGACAUCAACGACAAUGAGCCAAAGUUCCUGGAGGGACCUUACACCGCCAGCGUUCCGGAGAUGUCACCAGUCGGGACGUAUGUGACGCAAGUGACUGCCACAGAUGCCGAUGACCCCACCUAUGGAAACAGUGCUAGAGUGGUGUACAGCAUCCUCCACGGGCAGCCAUACUUCUCUGUUGACCCUAAAACAGGGGUUAUAAAGACAGCCUUGCCCAAUAUGGACAGAGAGGUGAAGGAACAGUACCAGGUAUUAAUCCAGGCCAAGGACAUGGGGGGUCAGCUGGGAGGACUGGCCGGGACCACCACCGUCAACAUCACGCUCAGCGAUGUCAACGACAACCCGCCCAGGUUCUCCAAAAGCUUCUUUCACCUAAGAGUCCCAGAAUCCUCCGCGGUCGGGUCUGCGGUCGGGAGAAUCAAAGCCCACGACUUGGACAUUGGGAGAAACGCUGAAGUGGAGUACACGAUUGUGCCAGGUGACGGAGGAGCAAUGUUUGACAUCACCACCAACGAACACAACCAGGAGGGGAUCAUCAUCCUGAAAAAGCCUCUGGACUAUGAGACCAAGAAGGCCUACACCUUCAAGGUGGACGCCACCAACGCCCACCUGGAUCCGCGCUUCCAGAGCUUCGGGGCCUUCAAGGACACGGCCACGGUGAAGAUUAACGUCUUGGAUGUGGACGAGCCCCCGGUGUUCAAUAAGCCGGCGUACGUGAUGGAUGUGUACGAGGACACGCCCGCGGGCACCAUCAUCGGAGCGGUGACGGCCCAGGACCUGGACGCCGGCAGCAGCCCAGUCAGGUACUCCAUCGACUGGAGGAGCGACCUGGACAGCUACUUCGACAUCGACCCGGUGGAGGGAACCAUCUCCACCAACGAGCUCCUGGACAGAGAGAGCGUCGCCCGGCACAACGUCUCCAUCGUGGCCACCAAACUUAACAGCCCCGUCCUGACCAGCCGCGUGGCCGUCACCGUGCACGUGCUGGACAUCAACGAGUUCCCGCCCGAACUGGCCAGCGCCUACGAGACGUUCGUGUGCGAGAACGCCAAAGUGGGACAGGUGAUUCAAACGUUCGGCGCUAAAGACCAGGACCUGUCGACGGCUGGACAGCAGUUCUCCUUCAAACCCCAGAGGGAGGACGUGAAGACCAACAAGAACUUCACCAUCCGAGACUUUGGAAACAACACGGCGGGGAUCGUGACCAAGCGCAGCGGCUUCAGGCGGCGCCUCCAGGAGAUCUACCUGCUCCCCGUUGUGAUCGAGGACAACGGCUACCCACCAAAGAGCAGCACGGGCACGCUGACCAUCCGCGUGUGCGGCUGCGAGUCCGACGGAUCGCUGCUCACGUGCGGCGCGGAGGCCAUCUUCCUGCCCGUGGGCCUCAGCACGGGGGCCCUGAUCGCCAUCCUGCUAUGUAUCAUCAUCCUGUUAGUGAUCGUCGUCCUCUACGUCGGCCUGCGGCGACAGAAGAAGAAGGAGACCCUCAUGUCGUCCAAAGAAGACAUCCGGGACAACGUGAUCCACUACGACGACGAGGGCGGCGGCGAGGAGGACACGCACGCCUUUGACAUGGGGACGCUCCGCAACCCCAAAGUCGUCAAGGAGAACCUGUACCGCAGGGACGUGAAGCCCGAGCAGAAGCGGGGCCCGAGGCCGCCCGCCUCCCAGAGCAGCGCCGACAUCAAAGAUUUCAUCAGCCAGCGCCUGCAGGAGCACGACGUGGACAACUCGGCGCCGCCCUACGACUCGCUGGCCACGUACGCCUACGAGGGCGACGGCUCCGUGGCCGAGUCGCUCAGCUCCAUCGAGUCGCUGGCGGCGGAGCGCGAGGAGGACUACGAUUACCUCAACGACUGGGGGCCCCGCUUUAAGACGCUGGCGGGGAUAUUUGGGGAACCGUCGGAAAGCCAGUCAGACUCCACAGCGGCGGAGAACACGCAAUGAUGCUAUUCACAGACUCCAGAAGCAAACAUGUAACAGUGUUCUCACGCUUGGUGACACACAAAGACCCAGCAUUGUUUUCCUCCCACCGUUUGCGUUCUCAUCUCCAGUUCGCCAUUUUCUUUUUUUAGCUGGUGGUGGUACUUUACUGUGCUCGAUCCCAAAAUUGUAAAAGUCAAGGGGACGCGUGGAAAAACACGAGCGGAUGAGCAAAGCAGCCAUUCAACUGCACUGGGAUCGAAUGUCUUUCGUUCUGUUUCCUCCGGGGGAAAUGCACAUGCACACGGAAAUGUUGUCGUUUCCUACAACAUCCUCAAAAGUGCCUGAAUAUAAUUGUUCCUUCACUCGCUGUUUCAUGCCACACAUCCAGUGUUGUUCCCCAAAACCCGUAGGUUGAGCUGGUUCCGUCAGCGUGCGCUGACCGGCCCAGGCGUCCACCGAACCGAGGCCGGUGUCGACUCUGCUGGGACGAUGACGUGGCCCCAGUUUGGCCAAAGAUGUUUUGAAUGUUAUUUAUUGGUCUAUUUAUUUAUUGGCUGAUUGAGUUUGAUUAGAUUUGUGUGUAUUUAUCUAUUUAUCUCUCAGUCAUCGAUCUGUAUUUUUUAUUUUUUGGAGACACACAAGGAAUUUUUGGUAAUUAAUCAAGGCCCACGUGAAAAUGUAUGUUUCUGUUCGGUGGGUCCUGUGAAUAGACUUGUACUAGAGUUGUAAAAAGAUGAAUUAGGGCUAAAUACUGCAGUUCAGUCGUGUAAAGAACACUGUUUUCUUAAAUAAACCACACUUGGACGAA